AAAUAUUAGAACCGCAGUCUCUAACUCUCUAUAGUUUGUACAGUGCUUAUCGUCCAAGUCACCUGUACUCUUCCUCAGUCGCCGUUUGCUCUGAAUCAUCCGUUUCCAUGGAAAAACCCGACCCGAUUCCACAAAACCCUAACAAUGAUGAGGAAGAACUUGACGAAGAAGACGAUGAUGAAGAAGAAGAGGAAGAAGAUUUUGAAGAGGAAAUCGAACCUGAAAUUCCAAAGCCUCAAACCCGACAGCCUCAAGCACGAAUAGAGCGCGCAAAGCUAGAGAACCUCUUCCGUCGGAUACAGACUGAAACGGUGCCUCUUCGGGUUCACGAUGUGAUCAUCAAGGGGAACGACAAAACCAAGGAUUCCUUAAUUGAAGCAGAAACAGCGUUACUUAAGGACGUUUCGUCAAUGCAAGAGUUGCUUGAGGCUUCGAAACUAGUGAAUUUCAAGUUGCAGGCGCUUGAAGUCUUUGAUUCGGUAAGGAUCACCCUCGAUUCUGGGCCGCCGGAGCUGCCCGGUACGGCUAAUGUGAUCGUUGAGGUUGUGGAGACUAAGAGUCCAGUUUCUGGCGAAAUCGGUGCUUACACGAAAGGCGAGGCUAGAUCUUCAACAGUUGAAGGAACUCUCAAGUACAAAAAUAUAUUUGGCUAUGGAGAUCUUUGGGAUGCCUCUUUGGCUUUUGGUGGUGAGCACAUGGCUGAGGUAAGUGCUGGUGUGUAUUUGCCAAGAUUCAAGGGACUUGUAACUCCGUUGACAGCCAGAGUAUUCCUGCUCUCCCAAGAUUGGCUAAAAUUUUCAUCUUUCAAAGAACAAGCACUGGGCCUCUCACUUGGCUUAGUUUCAACCAGGAAACAUGACUUGGUAUACAAUCUUUCAUGGCGCACCUUGACAGAUCCAUCACAAAUGGCGUCUAGAUCAGUAAGGAGGCAGCUUGGCCACGGUUUACUUUCAUCAUUGAAGUAUACAUUUAGAAUUGACCGGAGAAAUUCAUCUCUGAGGCCAACACGUGGAUAUUCUUUUGUUUCCACCACCCAAAUUGGUGGCCUUGCACCUGAUAGUAGGAGCUUACGGUUUUGCCGCCAGGAGCUUGAUCUUCGUUAUGCAAUUCCUCUUGGAUUUUUGCAUUCUGCACUCAAUAUUGGGAUCUCUAGUGGUUUAAUUUUUCCAUGGGGAGCUGGAUUCUUGAACAUGCCUACACCCCUGCCAGAAAGGUUCUUCUUGGGUGGCAAUUUAUCUCCAGUUUGCACUUUGGGAGGUCCGAUGGCAUUAUAUGGAUUUAGGACAAGGGGACUGGGCCCUACUGAGCCUCGAAGACAAUUGCAAAGUAAUCCAUCUGAUGAUAAUGCUGACUCUGGGAGGGAUUAUCUUGGAGGAGAUCUUGCUGUUACUGCUUUUGCAGAUCUUUCUUUUGAUUUUCCAUCCAAGUGGUGUCAAGCAAAAGGAGUCCAUGGGCACAUAUUUGCAUCUGCUGGAAACAUUGACAAACUAACAGAAAAUGCAUACCAAAAUUUCUCCUUGCGGAAGUUUGUGGAAUCAUUCAGAAGCUCUGUGGGUGCCGGGAUCGUUAUUCCUACAAAUCUACUCCGUAUUGAGUUAAACUACUGCUACAUGUUGAAGAAAUUUGAUCAUGACAGUGGGAAGUCAGGGUUCCGGAUCAGCUUCUCCACACCAACAUAAAAUCUGGAAAAUUUUCAUUUCUGUAAUGAUGUCUGGCAGGCCAUUUGACACACAAAUUUUCCUAUCAGGUAGUUGAGCUCUUCUAUACGUUUUGGCAUACAACGAGACUGCCUUUAUUUUUUUUCCUGCUCAAAUGUAAUUUUUAAUUGGGCCGAAUUUCAGCGUGUCUGGAACUUAAUGAGGCAUAGAUGGAGGGGAAAAUAAUUGAUUUCUCAGGAAUUAACUGGGGCCCCAUGUUUCGGGGUGUUUGAUGAGAUUGCCAAUGUUCCAAUUGAAGCACACUUUGGUAAAUGGUUAGAUAAUGUUUUUGCUUGUCAGUUUGAUGCUCAAGUUGAUUUUUUAAUAAGAGGUUGGUUACUUUUACAAGUCACUUAAUUGAUUUUGUGACUUGAACUGCAAGAUCAAUUCAUUUUAAGACGUCGUAUGAUGAAACUUUAUCUCUCUUUC